AUGCCGCGAAAGCAUCUAAUUGUUCGGAAAAUUCUUGAAAAUGUUCCUCCAAAUCACUUUAUGCCUCGACCCUACUACCUUGAUUUGUUGGAUUCAGCAGAGACGCGAAACACAAUCAUAUGCACAGAUGAGGAUGUUACACUCCAGUUCCUGGCUCAAACGCUCUUUGGAGACAUGGCUAUCAAAUAUCCUGGGAAAUGUAUGGUCGUUAUCAUUUCGGAUGACAGCCUAGUUGAAAGUGCAGCUGACACUUUUAAGUAUGUUACUGACACUCCCGUCCAAGUGGUUUCUGAUGCUCUCACUGACAUUUCAACCACUACCAAAGUCGUCUUUAUGUCUGCUGAAACGGCUGGAGAUUUAUGCUGUGGUGAAAAUCCUGUCCUAUCCCUUCCUGAGCAGGCAUUUCUUCUUAUAUUGGAUAACUGUGAACUCGUUCUGUCAUCGGGUCAUCCCUACCAGAGACUAUUUCCGUACUCAAAGGAUCACCUUAGCGAACAUCAAAUUGAAGAGAUUUGGAACCGAGAUCCCUCAUUUUAUUCAUCCAUCUCUCCAAGCUAUCGAAUUCUUGCGUUAACAUCCACUAUCCUCCCAGUCGGGUGUUCUGAUCAUCUCCUUGCCAAACGCUACAUUUGUUCGUUGGAGGAUCGUUUGGGUUGUAGGCUGGAGACCACCUCGGAGUUAAUUAAUCUCCUCUCCCUUGGUGCUCAACCAGAAGAAGAGGAGAUUCCACUCCCACUUGCGGGAAAUACUGGUGAUGGUCAGCAUUCGAUUCGUGAAACAGUCCUGUGUCUUCUUAAAGAGGCUCGCGAUUUUCUGAGUGACGUAGACUUCACUGGAUCAGAGGAGAAUGUUGCUACUACAGGACAACGUGUUAUAAAUGUUCCAUACUACUGUUUCCGUUCCGUGGCACAAUGUGAAUCCAUAACGAAGGAAUUGGGUGUCUACUGUGGGGCGCUCAUCGCUCGGGUCUUUUUGCGCCACCUAUAUCGUUUAGAGCGAGCUAGAGCAAGCAUUUUGGAGGCUAGAAGACAGCUUGAGCAUGGAGAGGACUUGCUGACGCGCAUCCUUCGCUACACGGCUACUCAGCUAUCAAUGAUUGCACGACUGUUUCAAACUGUCUGCGACAAUUGCAUGACGCGGGAGGAGAUACGUGCCCUAGCAUCGCCCAGAGUUCUGCAAUUGAUGGAUCGGUUGCGUACACUAAAACCAACAGGAUCUUACCGGAUCGAAGCUGUGUGGAGGGCAGAAGGUGUCAGUGAGGACACAGGUUCAGAUUCUGAUGGUGUGAGUGGCGGAGUGGCCUCUCAUGGUAGUUGGGGGAGCAGCGGACGGCGAUUCAAACCACGCGGUAGAUCUACUUCUUCUGGCUUCAUAGCCCCACAUGGAUUUGAAGCCAUGAGUGCAGGUGACGAUGAGGAGAGUUCUGAGUACGGUGAAGGUUAUGAGGACUCUUCAUUUUCAGGCAUAGACUCGAUCUGCUCAGAAGAUGAUAAUGACAUUGAAAGCACCGGCAAUGGUGACAGUACUGAUAAGGAUAGCGUCAAUGGUAACGAUGAAGUAGAAAGUGGAGGAGAAAGUGACGCUACUGAUGUCUCUAUGGGUCUAUCUUCCGGCAUUCGACGUAAAUCCACUCGAAGACCAUGUCGUAGACCUUCCAAAGCGCGCUCUUCUCCCAUCAUCCGUGGCGGUCGCGGUGGCUCUCGCCUUGUAUACCGCGUACUUCCUGAUAACCCUGAUAAGGAGAAUACCGUUCCUCCUCUCUGCGGUCUUCUCCUAGUAGGUGGGUGUCAGUUCUCCGCCUACGCAUUGCCCCGAUUCAUCGAAGAGUACUGCAAUUGGGAUCCCGAAAUAGCCUUUGUCCGUCCUGGCUACUUCUUUGUGCCUGGCUCUUCUGAGCACUUGAAAACUCUGACGCUCUCUACGGACGUGGGCAGCGCACAGGAAGAGACAGUGGCAAAUUUUCGUUGUGGUGGUGAAGUAAACCUUCUCGUGACCACCCAAUCGGGCCUGGCAGCUGCCUCUUCUCUCCCACGCUGCAAUCUCAUUGCUUUAUUCCAUCCAUCCACUUCCCUUGCCACAUACCUCUCAGCAAAGUCUCGUUUACGAUUGGUUGCAGUUAAAUCUACAAAAGCCCACUUCUGGCACUUCUUGGGAUCCGAUGGAGUAUCUCUGCGGAAUCGCCUGUCCGAAAAUUGCGCAAUGGUUCAAUCGUUCCUCCUCCCCACCCCCUAUUCGUUCCGUUUAGAUGCUUUCAUGAUUUUCUGCGCUUCUAGCUUUCAAGAAAUGGAGCGAAUGUUGGUCCAACGGUGCAGCAAUUCUAAUCUUAUUGCUGAUGAGCAUGACGUGGAUGCUGAUUACGUUAAUGAAAAGUUUACCUUUCUGCCCAAAAAAAAAGCUUGUCGAGCAAUAGAUGUAGUGAACCACUACUGUGCUCGUCUGCCCUGCAACUUUAUGACGCGUUUGGCGCCGCGUUGGCGCCUUACUAUGCGCCACCUGGCAGGCAACUCAAGCGGAGCAGUAGAAGGUGGGGAUCCUACAGCCCUUCUCACCUGUCCUGAUCCUUCUCACGCUGCUGUCGGGGGUAACACAAUGGUUUACUGCUGUGCUCUGCAAAUGCCAAUUAACUCACCCGUCCGUGGGGUGAUUUGGAGUGAAUGGUCACUGUGCAAGAAGAUGGCCAAGUACUCUGCAGCUGUGCGUGUGGGCCAGUUGUUAAUGGAAGCACGAGAAAUAGAUGUACGCGGACGCCCUAUCCUUCGCCAUACACCGAUAGCUGCUGUUGCUGCAGCCUCUCGACGUUUGCGUACUACCCGUGAACGUUCUCCACCUAAGCACAAAUCGAGCUACUUAAUUAAGACCCCAGAUGCACUGACCAAGUGUCUUGCUAGAGAGGAAAGGGGAUUUACGGGGCAGAAUCGUCUCUAUCUUAUCGAUAUUCGUCACCUUGACACCGCCCUGAGUCGCUUGCAGCGGGAACAAAGGAGCCAGGGCACCUCCUCUCACAUUGACUUUUUCCCUGAGGCAGAGAAUCGGGGCUUUGCUAUGCUCACCACAAAGCCUAUUCCAUUUAUCCCCGAGUUUUCAAUAUUUACUCGUUCCGGUGAGGAAACAGUGCAUAUUUACGAGACCUCCUUCUGUCCGCCUCUGGGUAUUGAUCAACUCAAUAAACUUUCACGUUUCCAUAGGAUCAUUUUCAAGUCGGUAUUGCGGUUUGAAAAGGACUGCUUGAUGCAGUUCAAUUUGGUUGAUGCGCCCUGCCAACUUCUUAUUGUGCCAGUGAAACAAGACGUCCAGGAGAUCGAUUGGGAUAUCGUAAACCUCUGUCUCAAUUCUUAUAUUCCCUCAGUUGGUGACUGUCGACUCCCGGUUCGUAGGCGACCCGCUCCGCCAUUACGACUUCCCACUGAACCAGUGCCCCUGACACAACUUCUUUCCCAAACUGUCAGUUCCCGAACUGUCUUUCAUUUUGUACCAAACGACUUUAUUAAUGCUGUUCUCACACCGACCUACCGCAACGUGGAGUACCCGCCACGCUACUACGUUGUUGCUAUUAGAAACGAUCUGUCUCCAGCCACGAGUUUCCCUUCACCUCAGUACGCCACCUUCGCAGACUACUAUGCGUGCAAAUAUGGUCUACAUCUAAGUGGAGCGCCGUCGGACCAGCCGCUGCUAGACGCCGCCUAUGCCCCUCUUCGCCUUGCUCCUCUUCUAGUGCCGCGAGGCUGCGCUGUGCAACGAAAAUCGAAUGACGGCGCCUCUGCUAACGCAAACUCGAGUUCAAAGCACACCCUACCGCGACAUAUACAACUCCUAGUACCUGAGUUCUGCCAUCGUCAUGCGAUGCCUGCCACUGUUUGGCAAAAGGCGAUCUGUCUGCCCAGUAUUCUCUACCGCCUACAGCACCUCCUGCUCGCGGAAGAACUGCGUUCGGAAAUCGCGCGGGAGACUGGGUUGGGAGUCAUUACGCCUCCACAUCGAUUCUGUUUUCCACCCCUCCGUUGUAGCUUUACACCACAGCCACAGUCGCCGUCACCAGCUCCAUCACCCCCGCCAUCUUCUAGGAAACAAGAGGAUCCGGACGAUCAAGACUCUGAGCCUGAAGUCGUCAAGCUGACCCUUUCCCCCCCACUCCACUCCGAACCUCGAAACCCUAUCAACGACUUCCAUGCCCUUCUGCAGGAAUCCGAUGCAUUGGAUUUCGAUGAAGUGGAGAAACCAAGUCCAGUGGGGGAUGAGGAAGAAGAAGAAGAGGUGGAUGCAAAAAGUGUGGACAGUUUUGAGGAGAACGCUACAAGUCUGUGUUUCUUUCCGCCUGAUGAUGAUGAUGAGACAGAAGAUGCCGAGAGACAGAUAGUUUAUAAACCCGGCCCUACAAUGAUUUUACAAUCACUGACGCUGUUGGGAGCAGGCGAUUUUAUCAAUAUGGAAAGGUUGGAAACGAUUGGGGAUAGUUUUUUGAAGUUCGCCGUUACCAUGGAUCUAUUUUUGCGAUAUCCCGAAGCACAUGAAGGUCACCUCAGCUCAUUGCGAAGCCAAAUUGUUGGCAAUUCGAAUCUCUACCGGCUUGGAUGUGAGAAAGAUCUGACUGGAAGAAUUGUGGGGACGGCUUUUGAACCACACGAAAAUUGGUUGCCACCGUGCUACGUUUGUGCUUCUGGUCCCACAGCUAAUGCUGCCUCCACCAGAAUAAAGAGUCAGUAUCCUUCGUUGACGCAUCAAUUCUUGACCAACAAGUCCAUUGCCGACUGCGUCGAAUCGCUGGUUGGUUGCUAUCUCACUGAACGGGGCGAGCGAUCUGCCCUGAAGCUUCUCCAGUGGUUUGGCAUCAAAUGUCUCCCAUCUCCAGACGAGAUCCGACCAGUAGGAUCACCUUGGAAAUUGCCCCAAGAAAAGCCUCUAUCAAAGGCUGAAGAAGCAGCUGUUGAAAGGGUUUACUGCGCUGGCCGAUUUUCUAAAUUAGAGAAGAUCAUUGGCUACACUUUCAAAAAUCGCAAACUUCUUAUUGAGGCUUUCACCCACUCAACUUGCCGUGAUCUGCACGGUCCUCCAUCAGAUGGUGACGGGUUUCAUGGCAGCGUAGCUAGCAUCAGCGGAGGCUACGAGCGCUUGGAGUUCCUAGGCGAUGCAGUAUUAGACUAUGCAGUAACGCGCUUCCUCUUCACCACCGACGCCACUGCUCGUCUCUCGCCCGGCGCCUUAACCGAUCUUCGCUCUGCGCUGGUCAACAACGUGGUCUUCGGCGCGCUAGCUGUACGCCAUGGAUUGCAUGCUUUUUUGCGUGCCGCGGCUCCGCCUCUCACUCGCACGAUGGCACUUUUUCUGCGUCACCACCACGACGUCGUUCAUGGCGAUCUCGACGUUCUCAUCGCCCCGGAGGUCAACGCUUGCCGAGAGAACAAGGAAGCAGGCGUGCCUCAGCCGGAAGGGGAACGGACGAACGAGGAGGUGGAGGUGCCAAAAGCCUUGGGGGACGUCUUUGAGUCACUAGCCGGGGCUGUCUUCCUCGACUCUGACCUGUGUCUCAAUACUCUCUGGCGCGUCUUCUUCCCUUUGCUGCGCGAGCGCAUUGAGCGGUACUCUACAUGUGUAGCUAAGUCGCCGGUUCGCCGUCUCCUUGAACUAUGUCCAGAACGCGUCAAAUUUGAAAGGCCUAUGGUGCGCCCUGAUGGGAAGAUGCGAGUUGUGGUGCGUGUGGCCGGGAUCGGUCGAUACGUGGGUGUUGGACGUACCUACCGGUUGGCCAAAUCAGCCGCUGCCGAUCUCGCUUAUCGACGUGUUACCGAAGCCUUCUCUGAACAGGUGUAA